UUUCUUAAAAUGAUUGAAAUCACAGUCAAUGACCGAUUGGGUAAGAAAGUGCGCGUGAAAUGCAAUGCUACAGAUAAAAUUAAAGAUCUUAAAAAACUUAUUGCACUACAAACUGGAACAAGGCAAGCUGUAAAUUUCUCUUUUCUCUCUAAAAAAUCUUUUUUUAGAGCAGACAAGAUCGUCCUCAAAAAGUGGAACAUUAUUUACAAGGACGAUAUUUCUCUACAAGAUUAUGAAAUACAUGACGGAUUUAAUUUUGAGUUGUAUUAUCAAUGA